AUGGCCUUGUGUCAGACGAAGCUAAAUAAAGUAAACCAGUUUUUCCACCAUUUUAUUUUCCGCUCUCUCUCAAUUUUGACUCUUUCACAAUCCAUUAUCUACUCCCUCUCUUUAUAUCUUAUGUUACCAAAAAUCAGAAAACCUUUCUUUUCAAAACCUUUUAUUCACACAAAAGAACCACAUCUCUCUCAUCUUAACCUCUUCUUCGUCUUUCUUCUUUUUUGCGAUACACUUUUUCUUACUGUUUCUUUCUUUUCCAUCCUUUUAAAUCUUGUUCAUGUUUCUCAUUCAAUUCUUCACCUUUUUUCUUUUUGUCUUCUUCAUAUUCAUAUUUGCCAUACGGACGUAAAAAGUAUUCUUUCUCUUUCCUCUCUCGCCUUAACCACCUUCUACUUCUUCUUCUCCUCACCUCCUCCUCCUCCUUCUUAUUCUUCUUCUUCUUCUUCUUCUUCACCAUACCCUUUUUCUCACUGCUCUUUUAUUCUUCCCUUCCUUUUAAAUCUCGUUCGUGUUGCACAUUCAAUUCUUCAUCAUGUUUUUUUUCUUCUUCUUCUUCUUCUUACUAAUGUCACAAGUUUUUCUUUCCCCUCCUCUCUCGCUCCAGCCACCUUUUUCUUCUUUAUCUGCUACUCCUUCUUUUUCUUUUGUGAAGAGACUGUCUAA